AUGGCACCCAAUAAGCUAGUCACCUAUACAAAACAGGGCAAGUCAAAAUCUGUUGCUCAUAGCUUCAGGUUAAUCGAUGAAGACACGGACACCGAAAAGGAUCCAUCUGAUAAGGAGAACACACUGAUCGGGUCACCGGCUGGUUCUGCUUCUGGUUCCGAGGCUAGUUCUACGUCCAGCUCUGAAUCUUCCCAUGCUUCGGGCUCUGAAUCCAGCCAUGCUACGGGGUCUGAAUCUGCCCAUGCUUCGGGGUCCAAUGCUAAAUCAACCACAGGGUUCGGCCAGAAUGAACAAGCAACCUCGUCUGAUGAGGCCACUAGCUCAGAGUCAGUACCAGCACCAAGAAAUGAGGAUCCUACUCUAGUGGCCGGUGAGCCAAACAGAUGGUUGAUCCACCAUACAGGGGUUUUGGAUAUAGGCCUCAUUCGAGAUAAAGCAAAUGUGGCGGCACUUCGCAGAGAGCCCCAGGUUGAGGUACCUCCAUUGGGCGCAGAUCUUGCAGACACAGUGGCGGCAGAAAUUAAAGGCUCAGAUGGCUACACUGCUGCAUCACAUCCAGCCUUGGAUGCAAAAGUCGAUAGUCGAUUCCGAGGCCAGAAUGGAGUGAAGGAUGGAGGGCAUGAUGGACUGAAAGAUCCGGGCCUUAACCCUCACGCUGCACCUACUGCGUUGGCUGAUGAUACGGUGCUGAAUGCUUUAUUCAGUGGGAUUGCGGAGGAGGGGCCUGACCCUACACAUACCAAAGGUAAGAGACACCGUUCUAGUCGCACUGAAGAGAAAAAAGCCCAAAAGAGACAGCGUAGGCAGGAGAAUGAGGCUAGGAAGGCUUCAAUUUUAAAUGAAGAGUUGCGCUAG